AUGUCCACCCCUACUUCUGACAAGAAAGCUUCUCAAUUCGACGGUCUGACUGCCAACCAGUCUAAGCUGCUCCUGCUCGGGAUUCUUUGCACCUCCGCUGAUGGCAAGAUUGACUAUGAGAAGCUGUCUGGUUUGGCUAAAAUCAAAACAUCAUCCGCUGCAGUGAUGUGGAGGGGAGCACGCCAGAGGCUUCAGCAGGUCGUUGAGACCAAUAAUGAAAAUACCAAUAUCAACACCCCAACCAAGCCAAAGCCCGCUGCCAAGUCAAAGCCAGCUGUCAAGCGUCGCAAGAGGGCCCCUUCUCCCUCGCCCUCGCCUUCACCCUCGCCCUCACCCGAGCCCAAGUCAGAAGAGGAAAUCGCUGAAGACGAAGCUACCGAGGAGCCUGACGUGAAGCUUGAGGCUCCUAUGACUCCUGAGGCCAACAUGACUGGCAUCAAAGACGUUACAAGCAUUUAA